AUGUCGCCUAUCCCAGCUCCUCCAAUCAGGGAAUGGACCAGCUCUCUCUACUCAAACCUAUAUGAAGUCCUCCAUCCAGAGAGCGAUCAUCCUCUGAAAGAGAAGAGCGUUAAAAUAGCACCAUGGCUAUUAUGGAGAAUCUGGAAGAACAGGAAUGAACUCAUACAUAAGGGAAGAGAAUACAACGCUCAAGAGGUAGCUAACAAAGCAGUAGAGGAUGCAGAGGAGUGGGAAGGAAGAAUGGAGGUCAAAACUCGAGAGGCAAAGAAUGUGAUAGAACGCCAGAGCAGAAGCAAAUGGAGACCACCUACACACGGACAGUGGAAAUGCAACACAGAUGGCUCUUGGUCUAAAAACCAAGACAAAAGUGGAGUCGGUUGGAUCCUAAGAGACCACAAUGGGAAUAUGAUAUGGAUGGGAGCUAAGGCGUAUCACAGGCUAGAGUCUGCUCUGGAGACAGAACUGGAAGCGCUAAGAUGGGCCAUAAUCUCCGUUACAAGACUGAAUUAUGAGAAGGUCACAUUCGAAACAGAUUCAAGUACCGCAGCAAAUCUUGUAAACGGCAGAGAUAGAUGGCCUUCUCUGGGACCAAUUAUUGCUGAUAUCCAACAGCUGCUUCAAAAGUUCCGGUGGAUUCACAUUGAGUACACUCCAAGGGAAAGCAAUACGGUGGCGGACAGAACAACAAAGGAAGCAAUCUCUUUCCCUGGUAUUGAACCCAAAUUGUACUCUUGUACACCUACGUGGGCUUCUCGUUUGAUAGAGAUGGAUAAGAUCGUGUAA